AUGCCGUUAUCCGAACGCGCACACUUUGGCCAGCACAAGACUGCUAAGGCACAGUUUGAUGCUGUAAUCGCUCGUUACUCCUCCCCUGCCACUGCUGCUCUAGGCCGACUCAUACUGCCCUACCUCUUUCCCGAGCUGUCUGACUUUUCCACAGUCGACGACCUCAUCACCCACCUUCGCACUAGCGACACUUGCUACCGUGCCGCGCUUAAAGCCGAGUUUCUAGACAAGAACCCACCCCCCACGUACAUCACUCUCUACUUCAUCGCCACCCGCCUCCCUAACUCUCUUCGCGCUGUGAGGGACCACUUUCUCGCCCUUGACCCCACAGACCUCACUGUCGACCUGCUCGAGAAGCAACUCCUUGCAGCUGAGACUAGCAUAGUCGCUGUAGGUGCUGCUCGUGGCACUCCUCGCACUCCCCUCUUUGAGGGGUGUUCCCCCUCCCCCCUUGCCCCCUCUGUCGCUUCUGCUGCUGCUGUUGACUUCCUUCGUGCUGAGGAAGUCAGGGCUGCUUCUGCUCCUAGUGGGAAGCGCCGCAGCGGCAAGGGCAAGGGAGGCAAGGGUGGUGGGGGUGGCGGCAGUGGAGGAGGUGGUGGAGGCGGUGGAGGCGGUGGUGGAGGCGGUGGAGGUGGUGGUGGUGGCGGUAGUGGUGGUGGGAGUGGUGGUGGGGGUGGAGGCGUCGGUGGCGGCGGUGGUGGUAGCGGUGGGAGUGGUGGCGGCGGUGGUGGCAGUAGUGGGAGUGGUGGCGGCAGCAGUGGUUGUUGGUGUAAGGGCCUAAUAAACUCAAGCUAUUAG